AUGCUCCUUCAGGCGCUGCUGGUUCUGUCCGCGGUGGUGGUGGCGGUGGCCGCUCCGGACGGCACCGGGAAGGUGGAAGCUCCAUGCGUCGGUAUCGAUCUCGGCACGACAUACUCGGUUGUGGGCGUGUGGCAGAAGGGAGAUGUGCACAUUAUCCCGAACGAUAUGGGCAACCGUAUCACGCCGUCCGUAGUGGCCUUCACGGAGACUGAGCGUCUCAUUGGCGACGGUGCGAAGAACCAACUGCCGCAGAACCCGCACAACACGAUCUACGCGAUCAAGCGACUCAUUGGACGAAAGUACAGCGACGCCACGGUACAGACUGACAAGAAGCUGCUGUCGUACGAGGUGGUGGCGGACAAGGACGGUAAGCCUAAGGUGCAGGUGGAGGUUGGCGGUAAGAAGAAGCAGUUCACGCCCGAGGAGGUGAGCGCGAUGGUGCUGCAGAAGAUGAAGGAGAUCGCGGAGACGUACCUGGGCGAGAAGGUGAAAAACGCCGUUGUGACGGUGCCCGCGUAUUUCAAUGACGCCCAGCGGCAGUCGACGAAGGAUGCCGGCACGAUCGCGGGGCUGAAUGUUGUGCGCAUCAUCAACGAGCCGACAGCAGCUGCCAUUGCGUACGGUCUGAACAAGGCCGGCGAGAAGAACAUCCUUGUGUUUGACCUCGGGGGCGGCACCUUUGAUGUGUCGCUGCUAACGAUCGACGAGGGCUUUUUUGAGGUUGUGGCAACGAAUGGGGACACGCAUCUCGGCGGCGAGGACUUUGACAACAACAUGAUGCGCUACUUUGUGGAUAUGCUGAAGAAGAAGAAGAAUGUGGACGUGAGCAAGGACCAAAAGGCGCUGGCGCGGCUGCGCAAGGCGUGCGAGGCGGCGAAGCGGCAGUUGUCGUCGCACCCAGAGGCACGCGUGGAGGUGGACAGUCUGACGGAGGGCUUCGACUUUAGUGAGAAGAUCACACGCGCGAAGUUCGAGGAGCUGAAUAUGGAACUGUUCAAGGGGACGCUGGUGCCAGUGCAGCGCGUGCUAGAGGACGCGAAGCUAAAGAAGAGUGACAUACACGAGAUUGUGCUGGUUGGCGGGUCGACACGCGUGCCAAAGGUGCAGCAGCUAAUUCGGGACUUCUUUGGCGGCAAGGAGCCGAACCGUGGCAUCAACCCCGACGAGGCGGUGGCGUACGGCGCGGCGGUGCAGGCAGCGGUGCUGACCGGAGAGAGCGAGGUCGGUGGGCGCGUUGUGCUGGUGGACGUGAUCCCGCUGUCGCUCGGUAUCGAGACGGUGGGCGGCGUGAUGACGAAGCUGAUCGAGCGCAACACGCAGAUCCCAACGAAGAAGAGCCAGGUGUUCUCAACGUACCAGGACAACCAGCCGGGCGUGCUGAUUCAGGUUUACGAGGGCGAGCGGCAGAUGACGAAGGACAACCGCCUGCUUGGCAAGUUCGAGCUGUCCGGCAUCCCGCCGGCUCCGCGUGGCGUGCCGCAGAUUGAGGUAACUUUUGACGUUGACGAAAACAGCAUCCUGCAGGUGAGCGCCGUGGACAAGUCGUCGGGGAAGAAGGAGGAGAUCACCAUCACGAAUGACAAGGGUCGCCUGAGCGAGGAGGAGAUUGAGCGCAUGGUGCGCGAGGCUGCGGAGUUUGAGGACGAGGACCGCAAGGUGCGCGAGCGCGUGGAUGCGCGAAACUCGCUGGAGAGCGUCGCGUACUCGCUGCGCAACCAGGUAAACGACAAGGAGAAGCUUGGUGGGAAGCUGAGCGCGGAUGACAAGAGCGCCGUGGAGGCCGCAGUGAAGGAGGCGAUGCAGUUCCUUGACGACAAUCCUAACGCUGACAAGGAGGAGUACGACGAGGCGCGCGAUAAGCUGCAGAGCGUGACGAACCCGAUCAUCCAGAAGGUGUACCAGAGCGGCGGGGGCGCCGAUGGGGAUGAGCGGCCGGAGCCAAUGGACGACCUGUAG